CCCGGCCGCCCCUCAGCUGCGCGUCCGGCCUCGCGUAGCCGGACGGGAGGGGGAUGCGCCGGGACCCUGCGAGAGCGGCAGCGGCGGCGGGUCUGUGUGAGGGCGGCAGCGGCGCAGGGCGGCCCGGGUCCGUGUGAUCACUGCCUGUUUCACUUCAGCUGCAGUCUGGCACUUGAAAAUAAUGGGAAUAUUGUCAAAAUACUGGAAAUACUUCAGGCUGGUUGUUGCUGACAGUGAAAGACUUUCCUCUGAAAGCUGUUUAAAUGAGAAUGUCCCUGGCACAGAGAGUACUACUGACAUGGCUCUUUACGUUACUCUUCCUCAUCAUGCUGGUGCUAAAGUUGGAUGAGAAAGCGCCAUGGAACUGGUUCCUCAUUUUUAUUCCAGUCUGGAUAUUUGAUACUAUUCUUCUAGUUAUGUUGAUUGUAAAAAUGGCUGGACGUUGCAAGUCUGGCUUCGACCCUUGCAAUGGCUCCCAAAACAUCAAGAAAAAAACCUGGUAUCUCAUUGCAAUGCUACUUAAAUUGGCUUUCUGCCUCGCCCUCUGUGCUAAACUGCAACGGUUUACAACAAUGAAGCUGGCCUAUGUAUUUAUUCCCUUGUGGGCCUUGCUUAUUGGGGGUAUGAUUGAACUUGGAUAUAAUAUCUUCUAUGUACGAAGAGACUAAGCUGUACUAUAUGGUUUUCAACACUGAGGUUGAUACCAAUUACUGGAUUAUUACAGUUUUCCCACAAACUUGAUCUCCAAACUAAAACACCAAAUAAGAAAUAAUCAAGCUGGAGCCUUCACCUAAACCAGGCGGGAGACCAGAAGUGAACUUGUUCCAUUUUUUUUUAUUUUAAAACUAUCACAGAUGCUCUUGUAAAUAAAAGUAUUUGUUCAAUAAAAGAUGUUCUAAUAUGA